GACGUCCAGCCCAUCCGUGGGAGCGAUUUUCUGCUAAGCUGGAGUCAACUUCGCGACCGGGGCCCAUCGACCAAUCGGAAGCGGCACUCUCCAAGGACCAUUUGCCGGGCCAAGAGGGCGAUGGCAGCGAAACGGAGCCGCCCACAGAGCCGCCGAGCGAGGCCGAAGAUCGACCUCAGGUCAGCGCAAAGGUCCUGCUGAGCAACUUCCCAGUCUCCUGGCUUGCGUUGGAGGUGCGGCCUCAGCUGGACGCGCGCAUCUCCGCUCUACUGACAAA